CCUUUAUCUUUUUCCCGUCCCUCUGUGAUCUCUUUCUCUGCAACUCUCUCAUGCUGAUGUGAUUCUCCACCCACACACACCACCAAAGAACCCAUCAAACUUUUACAAAAGAGAAAGAAAGCUCUCUAAUUAACAAGAGCUAUGGUCUUCCCGUCCCUUCCAAUCUAUCUAGAUCCACCCAACUGGUCACAACAGCAACCUAAUCAUCCAGAAGGAAUUGGCAACCAGGAUCCUCGGAUUCCACCACCUCUAUCACCGCUGCCACCCUCAACAGUGGCAGCGGAGGUUGGAGGUGGUGGCUAUCAGGGCUCUAUCAGACCAGGAUCGAUGGCCGAUAGAGCCAGGAUGGCCAAGCUGCACCAACCUGAUGCAGCUCUCAAAUGUCCACGGUGUGAAUCUACAAACACCAAGUUUUGCUACUACAACAACUACAGUCUUUCACAGCCUCGCCACUUCUGCAAGACUUGCCGUCGUUACUGGACCAGAGGAGGUGCACUCAGAAACGUGCCAGUUGGAGGUGGCUGUAGAAGGAACAAAAGAAGCAAAGGAAGAAGUGGUAGAUCAAAGUCUCCUAUGAAACCUGCAACAGGUUCCAACUCUGCAAGUGCUAAUUCUUCUUCUAGUGGCUGCACCAAUGAUCAUCAUAAUGUGAUGAUGGCUCAUAUGCCAACUCCAACACCAACUCAAUUUCCAUUCUUGACCUCUUUACAUCAUUAUAAUAGUGACUACGUUUCUGGGGGCAUUGGAUCUCAUUUUGGGGUGACUCCAACAACACCUUUGGUGGCUAGAAAUGGCAACACUAGUAACAACAAUGUUGAGUUUCAAAUUGGAACUAGUUCAGCACUUGGUAAUAGUGGUGGUGGGGCUAUGUUGUUGUCAUCAAAUGGCCUUGGUGAGCAAUGGAGGUUGAACAACCUGCAACAAGUUCAACAUCAACAGUUCCCUUUCUUGAGUAGUACUAAUUUGGAGCCACAAAUUGGGGUGUUUCAGUUUGGUGGAGAAAACAAUAAUGGUGAACCGCCAAGUUAUGCAAAGGAUGGAGGCCGGUUUAAUAUUCGUUCUAAGAUGGAUUCUAUUUCUAGUGUAAGUGGAAUAAUGCCUCAACAGAUUAACACAAUAAAACUGGAAGAAAGUCAAGGUUUGAGUUUGCCAAAAACUCUCUUGAUGAUGAGUAGUUCGGGAAAUGAUGCACUUUGGAACGGAAGUGGCAAUGCAUGGAGUGAAGUUCCUAGUUUCACUCCCUCACCAAACCACUUGUUGUGAUCAUUGGAAUUAAACUACUUGAAUUCUACAGCUUUUGCUUAAUUUCCUAGUCGCUACAGAUUUUUAUAUGAUCAUAGAAAAGAAUGAUUGAAUGUAUAAGACCGAGUUAGAAGAACCUAUUAUAUCACUUGCUAACAUUGGAAUGGAAUUCUACCACCCUUUAUGCACGAGGCUUGUCUUACGAGGAUAAAUGGGGAGAAGGAAUGAUCAGUACACUUUGUGUUACAUUGAUCAAGACGAGAGAAAAUGGUACGCAACUCUUGAAGUAAUUUCCUUUUUCCGUCGAUGGAUCAUGUCGUUGAUAUAUUUUGUUGUACUCAAAGUUUGAAAAAGUGUUAAGCGAAAGUAUAUUGGUGUGUUUGUUUA